AUGGCAGAAGGUCCGUCAAAUUACCCACCAAGUCCUCGACCCGAGAACAGGGGCAUUUUGGCCCGUGCUUCUCGUGUCGACGGAAUCGUGGGAAAAUUGUUUAGCGACAACGAUAUUCAUCAUGAGGUGAAUCAGGUGCACAAUCCUGUUAACUCGGAAGUUCAACUCGGAACUCCGACCAGUCCAAAUCUUCUUCCUGAGGAAACUCCGACUUGUUGGUUUAUCAAAUUUCAAAAGGCUUUGAAUGCAAAUUUCGUACAACUUUGUACACCAGCAGCUCGAACAGCAUCACAGACACAUGAAUCUGCAACUCAGUUUUCUGAGUUAGAUUUUAAAAGCACCAACAACGAAGCAGAGUAUGAUGCAUUUCUCGCAGAUCUCCGCCUAGCAAUUAAAAUUGGAGCAAAGAAUGAAGAAGCGCAUGUUGAUUCUCUAUUGGUUGCGGAACAGAUUAACGGUUGUUGUGACGCAAAAGCUGAAACAAUGGCCCUGUAUCUUGAACAGGCGAGAACCUUAAUCAAUCAGUUUCAGACCUUUAAGAUUAUCCAUACCAACAAAAGCAAGAACAAGCACGCGGACGCGCUAAGCAAGUUAGCCGCUACAAGUUUCAAAUACCUGGCAAAAGAGGUCCGCUUUAAAGUUCUCUCAAACCCAUUUGUUCCUCUGAGACACGUAAACAUGAUAGAAAUUGGGGAUCCAUCCUGGAUGUCCCCGAUUAUUAUGUUCUUAAAACAUGGAACUCUUCUAGAAGGAAAAACGGAAGCAAGGAAAAUUCAAAACAAAGCGCUCAUUUAUGAGAUGGCGGAUGGAAUUCUAUAUCGAAAGUAUUAUAUGGGUCCUUUUCUACGAUGCGUUGACAAACAUGACAUGCAAUAUAUGGUCCGAGACAUCCAUGAAGGACUAUGGGGAAUCCAUGCUGGCCCUCGCAUGGUGGUGGCAAAAAUCAUUAGCGUAGGCUAUUACUGGCCUGGCAUGCAUUUGGAUGCCGUCGAGAUUUUGCGCAAAUGUGCCUCGUGCCAACGCCACGCUCCAAAGACCCUUCGCCCAAAAAACCCUUUGGUUCCGGUAACCGCAGCAUGGCCUUUCCAACAAUGGGGAAUCGAUCUAGUAGGUCCUUUUCCCGAUUCGCAUGGCACAGUAAAAUUUAUCAUAGUUGCAGUGGAUUACUUCACCAAGUGGGUAGAAGCCAAAGCUCUAGCAUCAACCACCGCAAUGGAAAACGGUCAAGUUGAAAGUGUUAAUAAACAGAUUGUAGAUGGCAUCAAAGCAAGAUUGGGAACUGCAAGAAGAGGCUGGGUCGAUGAACUCCCAAGUAUUUUAUGGGUUCACCGCACCAUGCCAAAGACUAGCACGGGAGAAACACCAUUUAGCCCCGUCUACGGUACAGAGGCCGUAAUUCCAGCAGAGAUCGGUCUCCCGUCACCUCGCAUGCUAGCCAUGGAGAAACAAAACAAUGAGCAAGAGCGCAGACUCGACUUGGACCUCCUUGUAGAAAGACGAGAGAAUGAAGCCAUUAACGAGGCCAAGUGCAAGUCAAAGUUGGAAAAAUAUUACAAUGCAUCCGGUGCGCAUAUGCACUUUCCUACCGGGAGACUUCGUCCUAAGAGAUAA